AUGUUGAAAUACAUAUUAAUAUUUCAUCUAUUCGCAAGUGUUACUCUCGCUUUUCAUUUAUAUAACACGGAUGUAUCAAGUUACAGUGAUUACAAAGAUUGCUUAUAUUCUUUUACUGUAAAAAGUGAUACCAUAGAAUGGUAUUUAAUACCAUAUUGUAUUCAAUAUAAUAUGAAAGAUUCUGGUCAUGAUGGUGAUGAGCAAUGUUAUGGUCGUUGCCCAGACAAACCUGAUUUAUUGUACAUUGGUCAAUGUACGACAGCAUCUGAUUUUGGUUGUCAAUAUCUUCGCGGUGUCUAUUCACCACCUAUCCAAUAUAUCUUUCGAGAAAAUUGUAAUCAUCAAGUUAAAUUACUUUAUUCGAUCGACAAUGAAACAGAUGAAACAAGUUGUAAUGCAUGGCCACCGGCCUAUUGUGACGGUUACUGGGAUGUCAAUAAUGGAGAAGACGAGCUCAAUUGCACAAAUACGACUGUGUCUUACAUUACACAUAGAGUUUUUCAAUGUAAUUUAAACGAACAUUACUGUGUAUAUUUAAAUGGAACUAUGGGUUGUUUGUCCAAAGAACGUGCAGGAGAUGGUUUCAUCGAUUGUUUGGGAGGAACAGAUGAAAGAACAACAGCGUGUGUUUCUUGCGACGGUUUUGAUAGGUUUUAUUGCUCGAAUACCACUGAUAAAUUCUUAGAUGACAGCAGUAUUGCGUCUCCACUUGUAUGCAUAUCGCGUUUUCUACUUUGUGACCAGACGGAAGACUGUCCUCAUGGCGACGACGAAUUAAUGUGUCACCGGGUAGAGAAUGGUGAGUGCCCUAUAGAGACGGAUUUUAUGUGCCAUAAUGGCACAUCUAUUGAUCGUGAACAACAAUGCAACGAUAUCAUUGAUUGUCACCCAAACGCUGAAGAUGAAUGGUUUUGCGACCUUUUCAAGCGAAAGAGUUUGAAAUUUGCUCUGAAUAAAAUCGAAGCAUAUCCUUCUAUUAUUAUUGAUUCGACGUACCCACCGAAUAUUGUUGCUACUCAAUCAUACGUUGCAUCACGUCCAAUCGAUGAUACUUCAUAUAAAAAUGUGAAUCCACUCGAUAAUUGGUUUUGUAAUCGUGGUAUUAUUGUCAGGAAACGAUCUUCCUCUGCUGAAUGCUUUUGUCCACCUAGUUACUACGGUCGAAGAUGUGAAUAUCAAUCGGAACGUUUGUUCGUUAUUCUUCGAUUAGAUAGACCAGUUAGCCUGAGUGGACAUCAAAAUCAUCAGUAUGCUAUUCGAUUAAUGGCUUAUUUAGUGCUUGAUGAUAUUGUAGUUCACUAUCAAGAAAUUCUACAUGCGACUUUCAUGAAACAAAUGUUUUAUCUCAAUUAUCCGCGUCCAGCACCAAAACCACGUGGCAACUGGACUGUUCGUCUCGAUGCUUUUGCUGUUACCNAUUAUUGUCAAAAUAAUGGACGAUGUGUACAGAACAAUUUCAAUGGAGUAUGGGACUUUGGCUGUGUGUGUAGUGAAUGUACAUAUGGAUCAUUAUGUCAAUUAACAACAUCUGAAUAUGCCUUCUCGUUAGAUAUGAUGCUCGGCCAAGAUAUUCGCGCAAACGUAUCGUUGUCUAAUCAGUCUUUCUUCAUCAAAUUUGUAUUGGCACUUUUUAUUCUGAUGCUAUUAUUUGGCUUUAUAUCAAAUUUGCUGUCAUUGAUAAUAUUUAAAAAGCAACUAAAUGUCCAAAAGUAUGGAUGUGGUGUGUAUCUCUUUUUCUUACCUAUAGUUGGUCAGUUUGGAUUGACUGUAUUCAUUGGUCGGUUCAUCUAUGUGUUGGGAACGCAGUUGUACAAUGUCAAUAAUCGAUCAGCUGCUCGUUGGAGUUGCGUCAGUCUGGAAUAUUUUCUUAGUACUUGUCCGAUGUUAUUUGAUUGGUUAACAGCAUGUGUGGCAGUCGAACGAAGUGUUAGUGUAAUCAAAGGUGUCGCCUUUAAGAAGUCCGACAGUGUUUGGUGGGCGAAACGGGUUAUUUGUUCACUUCUAAUCAUUGUUUUUCUCAGUUCUUGGCACAUACCAUUCAUCCAUGAUAUAAUCGAUGAUCCACGAGCAACAGCUCUGCAUGUAUGGUGUGUGAUCAGAUUUCCACGGUCAUCACUUCGAUACUAUCGUCUUACAGUGAACUUGAUCAAUUUAAUUAUUCCAGGUUUGAUUAGUGUCGUUGCCACAGCAUUCACGUUGCACAAACAAACGCGCCUUAAACAGGCACUGCUGGCCAACGAUUCGAAAGAGAAAGGUUAUCUGAAAUCAUUGAAGAAACAGCUUCCCUUCUAUGGCAGCCCGCUUGCAUUGGUAGUUUUCAGUUUGGUUCGACUCAUCUUCUCAUUCACACUAAUCUGUAUUACUAAGCAAUGGCAAAAAUAUGUCUAUCUGACAGCCUAUUUUAUCUCUUUUACUCCAUUGAUGGGAACCUUUCCGAUUUUUGUUUUGUCAGCCAAGAUUUAUAGAACAGAGCUUGAAAAUUUCUGGAAACAAUUAGUUGAAAAAUUGCGAGGACCAUCGGCCUAG